AUGUCUUUACCAGAAAUAAUAUUCAGUGGUUAUUCGAUUGGCACCCCUUUGACCACCGCUGGCGAAGUCCAGAAAGUCCUAGAUCAACUCAAGGAAAUGCGGAUCCACCGCAUUGAUACUGCAGCCUUGUGGCCAAGAGCUAGCCCGGGCUGCUCCGAGAUGUUGUUGGGAGAAGUGAAAACGCCAGAGCAGGGCUUCAAGGUCGAUACCAGGAUAAGCCCAGUCACCGUGAGUUCCUCUGCUCCCAGAGGAGACCGAAACCUCACAGGCCCGGCAAUAAAAAAGUCACUCCAAGAGAGCCUGGGCCGUCUUCAUACGAACCAAAUCCAUGUGCUUUAUUUCCACCAUCAAGAUCGAAGUACUCCAAUCGGGGAACAGGCUGCUGCAAUGCAGGAGCAAUAUACAGAGGGCCGAUUCGACAAGUUCGGCCUAUGUAAUUUCAAUGAGAGCGCCCUCAAAGCAUUUAUGCUCGUCUGCAAGAAUAAGGGCUAUGUCAAACCAACUGUAUACCAGAGUUGGUAUAAUUUGGCCAGUCGAGAGAACGAAAAGCUUUUUCCGCUCCUUCGCCGGCAUGGAAUCGCAUUCCAUGCUUGCAGCACUUUCUCACGUUUCAUGACUGGCCGAAGGACGAGCAGCGAGGGCAUUUGGCAUACCAGCACGUACGACAACCCAAAUAAGCAGGCCGGUAUUAUGGACUUCAGGGAAACCAUUAAAAAAUUCCAGCUUUCAGAACCCGAAGCCUGCCUGCGGUGGAUCUAUUACCAUUCGAAGAUGCAGAAAGGAGAUGGUGUGAUUCUGGAAGCCAGCUCAGCGCCUGAGCUCGCCCAGCAUAUUAAGAAUAUCGCCAAAGGGCCUUUGCCAGCCGAGAACGUGAAAGAACUUGAUUUGCUUUACAAGAGACUGCGUGGUUGGUAG